AUGCGCUUCCUGGGCCUCCCCGUUGCCGCCCUGGCGGUGGCGGUGCUGCCAGUUGCCCGUGGCCUGCUUCUACAGAACCGGCCAGUUGAUGCAGCUGGCCAUGGAGGCCGAGGCCCGAUCCUGACAAUGGAGCAGUGGCGCUCACAGCGCCAGGCCUCAGCAGCUUCUAUGAGCCAGGUUGCGAGGUCAUCACUCACAGAAUAUCGCCGGAACUUAAAGAUGAGCUUGCAUCGACACCGUGCCAUGGUCGCAAGAGUUCUGAUGCGUGUGGGACCUUUGAUGCUUCCUCUCCAUUAG